UCCAGGAGGCUCCAACGAGUUCUGCAGGCAUGGAGGGGGAGGUUAAAGAAUUUAUCUUGAAGGACUUGAACCUCCACUGUCCGACCAACAACUUCUCACACCACACCAGUGAGAUCUCCCUGACGGAGCUGUUUGUGAGGCGAGGUCUGGCCUUCACUCUGACCCUCACACUGUCGCAGCCUUUCAAACCAAAACUUUACCCGCUCACCUUGGUCGCAAUGACAGGUCUAGCUACAUCCGAGGAACAAGGCACCAUUUCCUACUUUGGUAUCCCGGACAGUGUGAUUCAGUCACCGUCAGCAAAGGCUGUGUGGAAGGCAGCGCUUGAGGAGGAGAAGUCCUCCCCAGAGAAAGGCGUCUUGGUUCUAAACAUCACCCCCCCGGCUAAUGCCCCAAUAGGAGCGUAUGUACUCUCUGGGAAAUACAGGGAAGAGGAAAUGUUGCUGGCAAAGCCGGUGGUGUUCUUCAACCCCUGGUGUCCUGAUGACACGGUGUAUCUAUCCGAUGAGAAGGAAAGACAAGAGUAUGUAAUGAAUGAACAAGGUGUCAUCUACGGAGGAACUGGAAACUACAUCUCCGACCGCACGUGGGACUUCGGACAGUUUGAGGACGACAUGGCGAGGAUUUGUAUUAAGAUGCUUGACGUUAACCGAAAACACGCGGAAAACCCAGCGGAAGAUGUCUCUAGUCGCUCUGAUCCCGUCUACGUCAGCCGUGUGAUCAGCGCCAUGAUUAACUCUGACGGCGACCAUGGCGUCGUGUUAGGAAGGUGGGGGGGUUCGUUUGCCGGCGGGUAUAAACCCACUCACUGGACUGGCAGCCACGCCAUCCUCAAACGCUGGUAUGACUAUGGCUGCCACCCGGUCAGAUACGGCCAAUGCUGGGUGUUUGCUGGCGUGAUGUGUUCAGUGAUGCGUCUGCUGGGCAUCCCCUGCCGCGUGGUCACCAACUACUCGUCAGCCCACGACACUAACAGCAAUCUGAUCAUCGACGUGUACCACGCAGACUACGGUGUCGCAGAGAAACGUUCUCCUGACAGUAUUUGGAACUACCAUGUGUGGGUGGAGGGCUGGAUGAAACGUCCAGACCUGGAGGAAGGUGAUAAGUACGACGGCUGGCAAGUUCUGGAUCCGACACCACAGGAGAUGAGCAACGGUGUUUACUGCUGUGGUCCAGCCUCGGUCAAAGCCAUCCGGAGCGGAAACAUCGACCUCAAGUACGACAUCCCGUUCAUCUUCGCUGAGGUCAACGCGGACUGUGUGGACUGGCUGGUCAAAGCUGACGGCUCGAAGAUGAAGAUCUUCUCCGACACCAAGAGAAUUGGUCAGAACAUCUCCACCAAGUCUGUUGGGUUGAGAAAGAGGUGGAACAUCACCGACACCUACAAGCACAGGGAGGGGUCCGACAAGGAGAGGGACGUCUUCAAGUACGCCCUCACCAGAGACCUUACUAUAGACAAGGAGGAGGACAUGGAUACUGAAGAGGAGGGGGAGAACGUGACGCCAACGGACAACGAGACGGAAACGGAGAACGAGACAGGAGCAGGUGAAGAGACGGAGGGGAACGAGGCGGUGAUCGAUACCUCGGGAGGAGCAGAUGAGGUCGUCCCAGAGGUCAUUGCUCCGCUCUCCGAUGUGUCCAUGCGAUUUGAGGAGGUGUCCAAACCAAUGAACGGGAAGGACGUGAGCGUGAAGCUGUUGCUGCACAGCAAGUGCGAUUUCUCCAGGCCGCUGUCCAUCAACAUCAGCGUCCAGGCCAUGGGCUACAACGGCUCCUCGGCCGGGAACAUCCAGUCCGAGGUGAAGGAGGAGACCAUGCAGCCUGGGAAAGAACUGUCCGUCCCCAUCCUGGUCCCGUUCUCGGCCUAUCACAAGCUCAUGGUGGAGUGUGACAGCAUGAAGGUCACAGCCAUGGUCAAUGACAAAGACAAGCCGGAACAAGUCUACCUGGCGGAGAAUGACAUUGUGCUGAUGGAUCCUCCUUUCACCUUAGAAGUUCCCAGGACGACCAGACUGCAACAAGAAACCAGUGGAGUAUUGAUUUUCAAGAACCCGGCAGACGAGACGCUGACGGGAUGCACACUGACUCUGUCUGGAAGUGGAAUAUUUAAAAAGGAGGAGGACUGCAGGCUCCCGGACCUGGCACCAAAACAACAGUUCCGUAUCAAGAUCUUCUUUUAUCCCUACAAGACGGGAAAGAAGUCGAUCACGGCCGUCUUCGACUGCUCCACCUUCAGGGACAUCCAGGCCACCUGCAAGAUCGAGGUCAAAGAGUAA